AAUCGCAAAGUACGUUUCGCUACUUCCAGCAAACCACCAUUGAUCUUAAUCUCAUCUCCAAUUCACAAAUCCAAUUUCUCUAGGGUUUGAUUUCUUCGACUCGAAUUGCAUUUCUACCCGAAUUUCCCCAAUUCGUCAAGCUGGAUAGGCACCGAGGGGAUCGCCACGAGAGUGGCGCUUACGACGAUUCCUACCGUAACCACCGAGCUCACCCCAGAGGUCCCCCUCGUCUCUCAGAUUCACCCUCCAUGUCACGUUUCGACGAGGAUGACGAAGCUUUCACCCGCCGUCGUCGCCGUGGAGACAGCCCUAGCAAUUAUCAAGUUGGAAUUGGGGGAAGAGGAGGUGGCGAUCGACGCUGGGAAGAUGACAGCCCUAUGGAUCGUAAUGUUCACAGAGAAGGCGUUAGAGGAGGAAGUUGCCAGCCGAUGAACGCUCCUCCAGGGAGAGUAGAUUUUCAGCCUAUGGGUUAUGGCUUCGACGGAGGUUUUCCGCCGAUGAGUCGCGACGGAGCUGGCAGAGGAGGAUUUCGGCCUAACGUGCCAGUGAAUUUUCCGCCAUCGGGAAGUCCAGAUGCAGGGGGAUAUUCCGGCGGCAGGGGAUUUCAAUCAACGGGGCCUGAUUACUCUGUGAGAUUGACUUCACCGCCGAUCCAGCAGCCUCUUUCCGGUCAGAAAAGAGGCCGUCCUCUCUCGGAGCAGAGCAGCUUUACUGGAACUGAUUUUACUGAUCGUAGCAGUAUGGUGAAGCUUUUUGUUGGCUCUGUACCAAGGACAGCUACAGAGGAAGAAGUCCGUCCCUUUUUCGAACAACAUGGAAAUGUUCUUGAGGUUGCUUUUAUCAAGGACAAGAGAACAGGGCAGCAGCAAGGCUGUUGUUUUGUAAAAUAUGCAACUUCUGAAGAUGCGGAUAGAGCUAUUAGAGCAUUGCACAAUCAGAUCACUCUUCCUGGGGGAACUGGCCUUGUUCAAGUUCGAUAUGCUGAUGGGGAGAGAGAACGCAUAGGUGCGGUAGAGUUUAAGCUUUUUGUUGGUUCCUUAAACAAGCAAGCCACUGAAAACGAGGUUGAGGAGCUCUUUUUGCAAUUUGGUCGCGUGGAGGAUGUCUAUCUCAUGCGUGAUGAAUAUAGACAGAGUCGUGGAUGCGGGUUUGUUAAAUAUUCAAGCAAAGAGACGGCCAUGGCAGCUAUCGAUGGUCUCAAUGGAACUUAUACCAUGAGAGGUUGCAAUCAGCCGUUGAUUGUUCGGUUUGCUGAUCCAAAGAGGCCUAAACCGGGGGAGUCAAGGGAAGUGGCACAUCCUGUUGGACUUGGUUCAGGGCCUCGUUUUCAAGCUUCAGGACCAAGGCCUACAACUAACCUUGGUGACCUUAGUGUGGAUGUAAGCCACACAAAUCCUUGGCGUCCUAUGAAUUCACCAAACAUGGGGCCACCUGGUAACACUGGGAUCCGUGGUACCGGAAGUGACUUGGCUCCUAGGCCAGGUCAAGCCACAUUACCUUCAAAUCAGGGAGGUCCAUUGGGUGGUUAUGUUGUUCCUGCCAUUAAUCCUCUACCAGUUUCAUCCUCUGCCACAUCGCAACAGCAAAACCGGGGAGCUGGCCAGCAUAUGUCACCAUUACAAAAACCUCUUCACAGUCCACAGGAUGUGCCCCUUCGACCACAAACUAAUUUCCCUGGGGCCCAAGCAUCCUUGCAGAAUCCUUAUGGUUAUAGCAGCCAGUUGCCUACUUCUCAGCUGCGGCCACAACAAAACGUCACUCCUGCAACAGCUCCUCAAGCUCCUUUGAACAUCAACCUACGGCCAACACCUGUAUCUUCUGCAACUGAUCAAUUGCGCCCUCGUGCUCAGCAGCCACCGCCACAAAAGAUGCAACAUCCUCCUUCUGAGCUAGUUCAGCUCUUGUCACAACAGACUCAGACUCUACAAGCAACCUUCCAAUCAUCUCAGCAAGCAUUUUCUCAACUGCAGCAGCAGGUGCAGUCCAUGCAGCAACCAAACCAAAAUUUACCAGGCUCACAGACUGGCCAUGGUAAACAGCAGUGGGCUGGAUCUGCAAUUCCGACAGUUGUUAGCACCACUGCUUCUACACCAGUUAGCUAUAUGCAAACAGCUGCACCUGCAGCAACUCAGAGUGUUGUUUCUCGCAAAUGUAACUGGACCGAGCAUACCUCGCCUGAUGGAUUUAAGUAUUAUUACAACGGUCAAACCGGUGAAAGCAAGUGGGAAAAACCUGAGGAAAUGGUAGUGUUCGAACGUCAGCAACAGCAGCCAACUAUACAGCAGCCCCAGACCCAAUCACAGCAGGCUCUUUAUUCCCAGCCGAUGCAGCAACAACCACAACAGGUUCACCAGCAAUAUCAGGGCCAACAUGUACAGCAGCCUAUUCAUUCUUCAGUGUAUCCAACUCCAGGGGUCAGCCAGAAUGCUCAGUAUCCGCCGCCAUUGGGAGUAAGUCAAAAUAGCCAGUUUCCUAUGUCAGGCACCGGUCAAAAUGCUCAGGAAUUUGGGCGGACAGAUACACCAGUGGGGGCUGCUUCCAUCAAUAAUCCGUCACGAACUCAACAGGUACAUGAAAGGAGGAGCUGAAAUCUUUCAGUAACUAGACAUAGAAAGGUGUGUAACUAAUUAUUAGUCAAGCAGAGGAAAAGCAGCAACGUCAGUGUUCUUGGUCUCUUAGUUUUAGUUUACCCCUUCAGGUAUAAUAGAUGGGCGAUUCGCCUACCUUCUGAAUUCUAUCUUUUCUCUAAUCAGAGAUUUCUUCUUCUUUUUUUUAAUUCCUAGAGUUGACAGUCAAUCCCGUCUGUUGUAACAUAGAUAGCACAAGUCAUGUCACAUGUAGUGUUAGUAUUAUUAUAUAUAUCUAACAAUACUAAAA